CAGCAGCAGCAUGCCAACAACCGAGGUCGAUGGUCCCACGCAGACCAGUUAUCCUGGACCUGUGAUACCGAGAGUAGGUGGGGCGAUGCCAGAGCAGCGGCCGGGAUGGUUCAGGGUGCCUGCCCCUGGGGGCAAACAUACCAAGUACGAAGAGCUCAAGUCCUCGCUGAAAGAGCUCAACCUUCACACCGUGUGCGAAGAGGCCCAGUGCCCCAACAUCGGGGAAUGCUGGAACGGGGGCACGGGCACCAUCAUGCUGCUGGGGGACACUUGCACAAGGGGUUGCAAGUUUUGCGCGGUUAAGACGUCGCAGAAGCCGCCGGAGCCGGACCCGUUUGAGCCAUUCCACACGGCAGAGGCCAUCUCCAGAUGGGGAAUCAACUACGUCGUGCUGACCUCGGUAGAUCGUGACGACCUUGAGGACGGCGGGGCUAACCACUUCGCUACCACGGUUGAGCUCAUCAAAACCGCGAAGUCGGACAUGCUGGUAGAGUGCCUGGUCAGCGACUUCAGAGGGGACUACGCGGCCGUCGAUAGGCUAGCGACGUCCGGCCUGGACGUGUACGCGCACAACAUCGAGACGGUCAGACGGUUACAGCCCUACGUCCGCGACAAGAGGGCGGGCUAUGACCAGUCUUUGUCUGUGCUCCGUAGGGCCAAGAUUGCCGGGGAAGCUACGGGGGUGUACACCAAGACUUCCCUCAUGCUGGGGCUUGGAGAGACGGAGGAGGAGAUAUUGGAGACCAUGCGAGAUCUCCGGGAAGCCGGUGUGGACGUGCUGACGCUGGGCCAAUACCUGCGGCCAACGGACCACCACUUGGCGGUUGUUGACUACGUUACGCCGGAGAAGUUCGACCAGUACGCACGGCAAGGGGAAGCGCUAGGCUUUAGUUACGUUGCCAGCGGACCGAUGGUGCGCUCGUCCUACAAGGCUGGCGAGUUUUUCAUGGAGAACAUGAUUCGCCGAGGUCGACAAGAGGAAGAUGCCGUGGCAGCUGCGAUGGCGGUUGCCGCAGGGAUGGAUCCCAAUGACCGCUAG